UGGAGUUCUGAUGGGAAGGUUGAGAGUUCAAAUCCCAGCACUGCCACACUGCCACUGUUGGGCCCUUGAGCAAAGCGCUUAGCCCUCAACUGCUCAGCUGUAUAAGUGAGAUAAUUGUAAGUCACUCUGCAUAACGGCGUCUGCCAAAUGCUGCAAUGUAAUGUAAUGUAACUGAAAAAACAACCAAAAAAAGGGGCAAAAAGUGAAAACAAAAGUGAACACAUACAUCAACUUAACAAAGUAAACAGUAUGUCUGAAAGAACUCUGGGAGGUGCUCAUGCAGAUCUGCAUCACUGACGGAUACAGCACUGUGAGAAAAGAGGAAAUGACAGAAUUGAUAAAGCUGAAAGACAGCAGACUGCAAAUAGAAAUGAGAAUCAGUAGGACUUUCCUCCUUGAGACAGACAGAGCACAUUUCAAUAGACGUAAAGGAGUAGAAGUGACGUGACGCUGAAUUUCAUUCCAGGAUGAAGAUCCUCCUCAUCUUCAUCCUCUGCCUUCUCUCAGGUCCAGUAGACUGCUCUGAUGUGACUGGUUACUCAGGAGGAAGUGUCACUAUGAUAUCUAAUAUCAACUGGUACACAAGCAAUAGUAAAUAUAUUUGUAAGGUGAAAGCAAACGACUGCAUCGAUAUAAUACGUGCUGAGACCAAACGCCACCAAACACAAGAAGGAAGAUUUUUUUUGUAUUCAAACACAGAUAACUUAUUCCUGGUACUGAUCAGAAAGCUGAAGCCACAGGAUGCUGGAACAUACAGAUUUGGAUUGGAGAAUCAGAGCAACGCCACUGUGAACCUAAAAGUUGUUAAUGAUUCUUGUUGUGCUGGGACAAAAUUAAAGACCGCUUUUGUUGGGCAGAAUAUCACCACCACAUGUAGCUAUCCAGGGGAGUAUGAGAGUAACAUCAAGUAUGUCCUCAAACUGGAUGACGACAUGUUUGUUCAACACGUUGGUGAUACUGACAAAAAAUUUCAGAACGGAAGAUUCUCCAUUUCUGAUGACAAAAGUGCUAAAGUUCUCAGAGUGAACCUCAGCGAUGUGAGAGAAGCUGAUGGAGUAUUUUAUUUAUUUGGAGUGUGGAACAAAAAUGGGUCAGUCGGAUAUUACUCCUUCUUUACAGAGAUUCAGCUGCAUGUAACAGGAUUGAGCACGAGCAUUCAACCAACAACAACAACAGGCACCGACAUGACGACCUCAGCAGCACUGACAGAAACUCCAUCUGCAGUGUGUUUCAGUUCCUCUGCCAUCAUCAUCGGUGUGUGUGUCUGUGUGGCUCUGCUGCUGAUUGGAGGAUUUGCACUGAUGAUCUACAAACUGAGACACAAGAGAACACAAGAUUAUACACCUUCAUCCAAGAGUAAAGACAAUAAACCAGUUACUUCUGAUCAUAACACCGAUUCAGCUCAUUUGUACGAAAAUUUCAGAAUGAGCUCAAUAUGAAUCUGCACCAGGACACAAACCAAUCAGACUGUUGAGCUGUUAUUCUUACUGUUCUGAGCUGCCUCGUAGUGCCUCAACUCCCAAUGCUGUAGUGUCUCUCUUCACCUCUUUAUAGGACUGAAACCUAAAAAACAAUGCUGAUCAUAAAUCCAUGCCAGUUUGAUCAGGUGCAGUUUCUGGAGGACUGCUAGCCAGUUUCUCUCUCUCUCUCUCUCUCUCUCUCUCUCUCUCUCUCUCUCUCUCUCUCUCUUUCUCUCUCUUUUUCUCUCUU